UGGAAGUUGAAAAGAUAAGAAGACAUGAAAGCAAGAGUUUUUCUAGUUAUCAAGGAGUAAACUAGAAGCUGCUCUUCAUUUCAAGAGAGAUUUAUAAGUGGUUUCUAUUUGCUUUCUUCUAUGAUUCUGAGAUUACUCGAGGGAGGAGGAGAUGGGAAAGACAGGCAAAUGGCUGAGGAGCUUUCUGACAGGGAAGAAAGACAAAGAGAAGGAAAAACGCUCGAGUAAUCAGAAUUUUACGACUACUUCCGAGUGUCCAGCCACCCCGAUAUCGAUUCGACACAAUCCUAAAGAGAAAAAAAGAUGGAGUUUUCGAAGGGCCACCACGGCGGUGUCGAGAGAUUCAUACCCUCUUGAGAUGGUUGCCACAACAAUGCCUGUUGCUGCAGCUGAACAGGCUGCAAUGGAUAUGGAUUAUGAAGAACAAAGGCAAGGCUUGGCCAUUGUAGUGGCAAAGGCUGCGGCAGCUGAUGCGGCUGUGGCUGCUGCCAUCAAGAUUCAGUCAGUCUUCCGGUCUUAUUUGGCAAGAAAAGCACUCAGGGCAUUGCGAGGAUUGGUGAAGCUGCAGGCACUAGCUAGAGGUCACCUUGUUAGAAAACAGGCCAAAGCUACUCUCCGGUGUAUGCAAGCAUUGAUAAUGGCUCAGGCUCGAGCUCGUGCCGAACGGAUCAGGAUGAUCGAAGGGAAAAACCCUUCGGUUAACAAAGAUCACUUUGGUUAUACUGAUCAUGUUGCAGAGGAAAACGUUAAGAUUGUGGAGAUGGAUCAUGGAGAGUGUAUACGAGGCUCGAAGAACAGGACAAGACAUGAACGUAGGUUCACACAUCAAGCACACCUUGUCUCACUAGUACCAUCUACUCAAACCGACAUCGACCCACGAGGUUGCAGUCGUCAUUUCGAGGACCCACAAGAUUCCACAACAAAUUGUAUGCAGUCUCUGUCUUUUGAGUAUCCAAUGUUCCCAAGUUACAUGGCCAAUACACAAUCUUCAAGAGCCAAAGUACGGUCACAGAGUGCGCCAAAGACGAGGCCCGAAUCAUUUGAGAAACAAUCAAGCAGAAGGCGGGCACCAACUGAGCGAUCGUCUUCUCAUAUGGGCUGUGCACCCCAAGACUUCCAGUAUCCAUGGACAAUGAAGCUUGCCAAGUCUGCAAGUUCAGUCAAUAAUAGUGAAUGUGGUUCCACAUGUACAGUGCUCACAAAUACCAACUACAGAUCUCUUGUUGCAUGUGAAGUAAGAAAAGUUCCUGACUGCCAUUGUCAGGAAUCACUCUGUACAGUGGUUCCAUGUUUAGAAUUCAAGGACAGGAAAUGAAAA